CUCCACCUCUAAGAACAGGUAAGUUGUGUCGGACCUAAAAGUGGGAAAGGAAGUCAACAAAGCGGAAACCAAAUAUCCCCUCAAAACGCAGGUAAAAUGGGACGAGAACAGAGGCAUCUUUUACUUCUCUGUCUAGCUUGCUUUGUUUUCUUGACCAGGAGCUCUGGAUAUAAAAUAUGUUCAUACAAUGUGCAAAAUUUAAAUAUCUCCAAAGUAUCGGACACAACAGUCCUGCAUCUUCUGACAAAGAUUUUGUCGAACUGUGAUGUGUGCCUUCUACAAGAGGUGAAGGACCCAGAUGGGGAGGCUAUGGAUAGACUGAUUUCCUCCCUCGAUAGGUACAAUAGCUAUGAUGACUUUAGUUAUAAUUAUGUGACCAGUGAAAACCUGGGUCCGAGUGGAGAAGAGGAGCAGUAUGUAUUUCUAUACAGAAACGAAACCGCUGCACUGGUGGAGACGUAUCAGUAUCCCAAAUCAAAGAAGGAAAACGUCUUCAGUCGAGAACCUUUCAUAGUACAUUUUAAAGCACCAAAGACAAAGAUUGGUGAAUUUGUGUUGAUUCCACUCCGCGUCGAACCCCAAAAUGCACUAAAAGAGCUAGAUUCACUCUUUGACGUCCUCACAGAGAUAAAGACAAAAUGGAAUGUGGAGAAUAUAAUGUUACUGGGUGACUUCCAUGCUGACUGUGGAUAUGUGACAAGGAAGAACAGAAUAAACAACCGACUAUUCUCAAACCGUGACCUCUUCUGGUUGAUAAGGGAUAAUGCAGACACCACUGUGACGGACAUGACUGACUGUGCCUAUGAUCGCUUUGUGGUGCACGGAGAGAAAUUCCUGAAAGCUAUCGAGCCCCAAUCUGCGCGAGUGUUCAACUUCAAAAAGAAAUUCAAAAUCUCAACUGAUUACGUACUCAAGAUUAGUGACCACUACCCAAUUGAAGUGAAACUAAAGGAAGUGAAGUCAGCGGGGCAACUGCAGGCCUUAAUGCAGCCAGUUCUUCUCAUUCUCCCUCUCAUGGUGCUAUUUAUUCUGCCUGAUUCCACAACAUUAUUAAUGUAAAGUGUGAAUAUGUAAAACCAGCAAUGGCCUCAGUCAGUAACAGACGGUAGUAAACCGAGACAUGCAAAGGCCAUAUAUUUAGUUGGCACUCAUGAGGGCUGAAAAGUUUGUGCCACUUAUUUUCUCAAACCAUUUUGAACAUCUGUAUUGUUAGAUGGGUAAUCGAUUGUUUCUUAUUGUUUUCACUUUAAGGACAUGUUGGUGGAUGAAAGAUGUUUUCUAUUGUAAUUACUCUUUUAACUGGGCUUGUUGGCUUUUUUAACAGGGUUUACUGCAAACAAAGAUAUUUUGCCAAAUUCUCAAUGGAACUGUUAUCACAAGUGUGUGUGUGUGUGUGUGUGUGUGUGUGUGUGUGUGUGUGUGUGUGAAUGUCUGUGUCUGAAUGACAGAGAGAGUGUACAUGUAUUAUGUAUUGUUCAUAAUAAAAUGGUUUUAAUUUCUUAUAUGCAAAAUUAAA